AUGCCUGUGUUUUACUCACCUGUUCCGGAGAACCUGCAGAUGGGCCUGGCCUAUAUGGGAGGCUCCGUGUUCACCAACAACCGGACGGCAGACAGCGACUUCAGCAGGGAGCAGGAGGACGCCUCUGUGGUCAACGAGCUGGUCUCCCACCUCCCCCUGCAGAUGCUGCUGUACUUCAGCAUGUUUUAUUUCCCCUGCUGGUGGUUCUCUGCUGUUUUCAUGUUGGAAAUAAAGUUCUAUUAUCUACCUGGGUACUACCAGGCUCUGCUCAUAACCGGGAUGAUCCUCCUCACAGUCAUUGAAGUGGUCCGACUUUAUCUGGGCUACAUUGGCAACCUUAAAGAAAAGGUGCCAGAGCUGGCAGCCUUCUGGCUCCUGUCUUUCAUGUUCCAGCUGCCAGUGCUGCUGUUCUUCCUGACCGAUGAAGGAAUUAUCAUCCUGCCUCUGGAGAGGGCCGUCCACUCCCUCUACCUCCUCUUCCUGCUCGCCCAGAUCCUGGCCUCCUUCCUGGCGCUCCGGAAAAUGACCCGAAAGCUCACCCUGCUCUUCCACCUGCGCCAGUUUGGCAAGGUGGAGAGCCUCCACCACGCGGGGAUGAGCCCCGUCUUUGGGCUGCACUAUCACCACAGCGUGCUGCCUGUGUCACCCAAUGACAUGUACCAUUAA